AUGCCGGGCGCAAGUGUAGCCGUCAUGCCAACCGCCGCGCCGUCCGCGCCGGCCGCCGCAACCCCAACCGCUCGGAAACCCUCCGCCGCCCCGGAGAGGAAGUACAAGUGCCAGUUCUGCAACCGCGCAUUCAGCAGAAGUGAGCACCGCAGCCGUCACGAACGUUCGCAUACCAAAGAGAGACCCUUCAAGUGCAUGAAGUGUAGGAGUACAUUUGUGCGCCGUGAUCUUCUCCUUCGUCACGACCGUACUGUCCACGCCAAGGAUGGCGGCGUCCCUCUGCACAGCGACGGCAAGCGCCGUGGUGGCGGUGUGGCCAAAGCGCGUGCCGUCUCCGGCCCGUCCAAAUCCACCAUCGCCUCCAUUGACACGGCUGCCAUCGAGCAACUGGAAGCGAGCAGCGAAGGUAUUUUUGACGUCGAAACCGCUGCUAUGCUUGUGGCUGACUUGCAUCACAAAGCCACUGCCGCUGCCCGCUCCUCCAGCAGCAGUCCCUAUGAGAACGCAAAUGGCAUCCCGCCUUUCCCCCAGAAUGGCCCCAACAUGAUGGAGCCCGCCGUCACGUACCCGUCCGGCGCCAUUGCCAUUCCCCAGUGGGACUCGUUCAUGGCCCAGUCCGACUCCAAGUCGCACUCCAUUGCGUCCAGCGCAUCCGGUGCUUUUGAAACUCCGUCCUUUACCGUUGCCAACGCCAGCCAGCCUCUGGCCACGCCGCUGCCCUCCCUCAGCGGCCACAACAUGCAUCGUAUGUACCUGCACCCCGCCAAGACGAACCAUGCCGAUCCCCACAAGGCUAACCCACACGAAGCCCCCGUCGCUGCAUCGGUCUACCAGACGGAGCGUCCACGUACGCCGGUCGAGCCGCCCCCAACCCCGGCUGGCUUCAAGGUCCCGCAGGUCAACAACGACGACGAACGCAACGUGAUUCUGGACAACAUCCGCAACGGCGACACGGAGCAUGCCAUCCCCGAGGGCUUCCGGGUGCCCAACAUCUCGUCCAUUAACCGCUACCUGUCGACCUACUUCGGCCUGUUCCACCAUCACCUGCCGUUCCUGAACCCGGCGUCGUUCAGCCCCACGCAGACAUCGCCCCCGCUCCUGCUUGCGGUGCUGUCCAUCGGCGCCCUGUACGCCUUCGACCUCGAGCAGGCGUACAUUCUGCACAUCGGCUCCAAGGUCAUGGUCAACCAGUUCCUGCAGCACAAGGAGAACUUUAGCUCUCGCAAGUGCCCGCUGUGGACCAUGCAGAGCUCGCUGCUCAACAUGGUCUUCGCCAGCUGGAGCGGCGACCCGAAGGGCCUCGAAUGGGCUUGCUCCAUCAAGAGCCUUCUCGCCAACAUGGUCGCUGGCAACCGCUACGAGCUGAAGCUGCGCCAGGAAGGCCGUGAGGGCCGUGCGCCCACGCGGUCUGAGUGGGUUGAGGACGAGGGCUGCCGCCGCACCUACUACGCCGUCUACAUCUUCUUCGGUCUGCUGACCAUGUCCUUCAACUACACGCCGGCCAUCGGCUUCAACGAGUUCGAGGACCUGCAGCUGCCGUCCACGGAGGCGAUGUGGAACCUCAACGUGAUUGACGAGGCCGCGUGGCAGGAGCAGCUGAAGGCGUCGCAGACGGCCACCUUUAUGGAGGCACACGACAACCUGUUCCAGGGCGAGACGAUCAAGUACAGCGCCUUUGCGACGCGCGUCAUGAUCAACGCCCUCUUCCUCGAGGUCUGGUACCACAAGCGCAGCCCGGAGGCUCUGCAGGACGUCGUCACCGAGUACAAGCUUCGUCUGGCUCUCGAGACGUGGGAGAAAUCCCUAGAGCUCUGCGAGCCCGAGGCCUCGGCGGUGCCCCUGAGCGCGCCGCACAAGGGCCACCCGUUGACGUUCAACGCCCGCGCCAUGUGCCGCAGCGCCCGGGCCCGUCUCGAGGUCGACCUCAAGACGGUGCAGGAGGCGCUCCGCUACCACGACUCGUACGAGGUGGCAGCGGCCAUGUCCAACGCACGCGACAAGGUCAAGCGCUCCGGCGAGAUGCUCAAGGUCAUCCAGGAGUGCUACGAAUGCAUCGAGACGGCGGUCGCCCAGGGCGUCCGCUGGGUGGCGCGCACCUCGCCCACCAACUGGAGCAUCGAGCACCCGCUGUGCGGCAUGGAUCUGAUGAUCAUCCUCAGUCUUUGGCUGUAUCGUCUGGAACACGACGAAGAGGCAGCGACCCAGGACGAGCUGAAGAUGUACGAAAAGGUCCGCCAGCUGUUCGAGCAGGAUGUGGAGGAGGCGUUUGCCACGCAGCUUAGCUCCAUUGUCGCACGUCUCUGGGGCUCCAUGCUCGACGAGGUUGUUGUUUGGGGUAUCACGAGACUCAUGGGCGAAUCGUUCCGACUCCACUCUCAGGCCCUCGUGGGUUACGUGGACGACAUUGAGGCUUCUAGUGGCGCAACAACCCCGUCCAUGACCUCGCAGGGCGCCGACGAAGACAGCGUUCUCUACUAA